GUCAUUCAUUGAUAUAUCGUUGUGGUCACAUCACACUCCCACGCAGAUUCCCCUUUUCGCAGAAAAAAGAAAACGAAAACCUCUCUUUAUCUCUCAACCCUCAAACGUGCUGCUUCCAACCAAAUCCUUCUCUCUCACCAAAUCAUAAAUAAUCAAUUAAAAUUAAAUUAAAUAAUAAGAAGAAGAACUCGCCAAAAUUCACGAUUUUCACACCGCAAUGGUUUCGCCCGAAAACACCAAUUGGCUUUUCGAUUACACGUUGAUCGACGAUAUUCCCGUUCCCGAUGCCUCCUUCACCGUCUCUGCUUCCGCCUUCACCUGGCCCCCGCAUCCCUCCAAUGUCGGAGUUGAAAUUGAAGGCUCACUUGGGGAUUCUGAUGGUCUCAAAGAUCCUGGUUUGAAGAAGAGAGGAAGAUCUGAUUCAUGUACUGCUUCUAGCUCAAAGGCUUGUCGGGAGAAGUUGCGGAGGGAUAGGCUUAAUGACAAGUUUGUUGAAUUAGGCUCCAUCUUGGAGCCUGGAAGGCCGCCUAAAACAGACAAGGCUGCUAUUCUGAUUGAUGCCGUCCGAAUGGUGACACAGUUGCGAGGCGAAGCUCAGAAGUUGAAAGACUCAAAUAUGAGUCUUCAAGAGAAGAUUAAAGAGCUAAAGGCUGAGAAAAAUGAACUUCGUGAUGAGAAACAGAGGCUUAAGGCAGAGAAAGAGAAGUUGGAGCAGCAGGUAAAAUCAAUAAAUGCCCAACCAGGUUUCUUGGCACCCCCUCCUGCAAUCCCUGCUGCAUUUGCUCCACAAGGCCAAGCCCCCGGCAACAAAUUGGUGCCUUUUAUUGGUUAUCCAGGAGUUUCCAUGUGGCAAUUUAUGCCUCCAGCAGCUGUGGAUACCUCACAGGAUCAUGUACUCCGUCCGCCAGUUGCCUAAGUUGGCAUUAUACAAUUAUCUGGGCUUUCAUAUUUUGGCCCAAAAAUGUGUAUUUUUUUCCCAUACAACUUACCUGAACAGUUAUCUACUAAGUCUUCCAAUUGGAUUCAGUGAUGACUUCGACUGUAUUCGACGUCUGAUACUAUUGUGAAGUAAUGCUAGUAUUUGCAUGUAAAUGUUAA